CAAAAGUUUGACGUUUUGAUUUUGGUUAUGGUUCGUACGCAUUGUAAUAUUUCAACGCGUUUUUAAAUCGUUUCAAUUUAUAUUUCAUUUAAAACAAUGGCUGACGAGGAAUACGAUGGCGAUGAUGUACCCGAUGAUUUCGAAGAUGUUGAAGACGAUGACCACAUUGAAGAAUUAGAGCAACAAGAAGAGGAAGGAGAAAAUAUUGAUGUUUUGUCAGCUGGUCAAGCUGGUGGUGGCGUAGCCAAGUCUAAAAGAAUCACUACAAAGUAUAUGACAAAAUACGAAAGAGCAAGAGUCUUAGGUACGAGGGCGUUACAAAUAGCAAUGUGUGCACCUAUUAUGGUUGAACUUGAAGGCGAAACUGAUCCUCUUCAAAUAGCUAUGAAGGAAUUAAAGGAACGAAAGAUCCCAAUUAUCAUUAGACGUUAUUUACCAGAUAAUUCUUAUGAGGACUGGAGUAUUGAUGAGCUGACUAACGUAGAUCACUAAGAUAUUAUUAACUAAACUAUGAUAUAGAUUAAAUUUAAGUUAUAUAUAAUUUUGCAAAUAUUAUGUAAAUGGGUGAAAACAUUUUAUUAAUGUAUUGGUCUGAUUUAUUGAGUUUGAUCAAUCUUGCUCUUUGAAUUAACACUAUUUGAAGUAAAUAUUUAUCAGAAGGGAUCUUGCAGCAACACCUUCAAUAGAUAUUAAAGAGUUUAAUGUGCCUUUUAUUUUUGAUAGACCUGGCAAGUUACAUUAAAUUGAUAAAGAAUUUGGUAAUUAUUUUUAACUCCAGCUUCUGAUAUCAUACUUAUCUAACUGGGUUCUUAAGUGUUUGAAACAGCCAUUCUACCC